UCUCUGCUCCAUCAAUUCAGACUCACUAUCCUCUACUUUUAACAUUGUUCGCUAGCCACCACCACUCUGUCUCUUUCCUAAGUCACAUUCAUACACAGACACACAGUCCCUUUCAACCUGCUUCUUCACUAUAUCAAUGGAGGAUCAUCAUCAAGUUCCUCCCCCUAGAGAACGCCCCAACCUUCGCCAAAACCAAAAUUAUCAGCCCCCACCGACCCCUGUAAAGCCCAUGUCCAAGCCCACGGAUUCAUCAAGCUACCGGCCGGACGAGCCCAACCGGCGGGCCCUCUGCACCUGCAUCACCACCGUCGUCCUCCUUGUUGGCCUCCUGAUCUUUGUCCUCUGGCUCAUCUACCGCCCCUCCAAGCCCCACUUCGCGGUGGUCAGUGCCGCCGUCUACGGCCUCAACGCCACCACGCCGCCGCUGAUGUCAACCUCCAUGCAGUUCACUAUCGUCAUACAGAACCCCAACAGGCGCGUCGCGAUCUACUUCGACACCCUCAACGCCUAUGUGUCGUACCGGAGCCACCCCAUCACAACGCCGGUUGCGUUUCCGGCGCUUUACAUGGAGGAGCACAGCUCGGUGUCUCUGUCUCCAAUGAUUGGAGGGUCGCCGGUGCCGGUUUCGCCGGAUGUGUCUAAUGGGUUGGCAAUGGACGAGGCGUAUGGUGUGGUGGGGGUGAGCGUGAUCAUGCAGGGCAGGCUGAGGUGGAAGACCGGAGCUAUAAGAACUGGGCAUUAUGGGAUUUACGUGAAGUGUGACGUCAUGAUGAGCUUGAAGAAAGGGGUCACCGGUCAGGUCCCUCUGACCGGAGCUCCGGCAUGCUACGUGGAUAUAUGAAGAAGAUUCGUGCUACUAUGGAGUGCCGAAACAGUUCGUUAAAGAGCUACAUAAUGUUAAUUUUCUUAUUAAUCACUGCCUCCCAUGUAUUCUUCAUUUUCCUUCUCUUUUUUCGGUUUCAUACUCGCAAUCAUAUUCGUAUUUGUAUUUCCGUGACAAAUAUUGUACUUCAAUUUUCUUA